GAUGGCUAGCGGCAGCGCUGGGAAGCCCACUGGCGAGGCGGCUUCUCCGGCUCCUGCGAGCGCCGUCGGCGGGGCCUGCUCGCAGCCGCGGAAGAGGCUGGUGACCGUCUGCGACCACUGCAAGGGCAAGAUGCAGCUGGUGGCCGAUCUGCUGCUGCUGUCGAGCGAGGCGCGGCCCGUGCUCUUCGAGGGCCCCGCCUCCUCUUGUGCCGGCACCGAGUCCUUCGAGCAGUGCCGGGACACCAUCAUCGCGCGCACCAAGGGGCUCUCCAUCCUCACCCACGACGUGCAGAGCCAGCUCAAUAUGGGCCGCUUCGGGGAGGCGGGGGACAGCCUGGUGGAGCUGGGCGACCUGGUGGUGUCGCUGACCGAGUGCUCUGCCCACGCGGCCUAUCUGGCGGCCGUGGCCACACCGGGCGCGCAGCCCGCGCAGCCCGGCCUGGUGGACCGCUACCGCGUGACGCGCUGCCGCCACGAGGUGGAGCAGGGCUGCGCCGUGCUGCGCGCCACGCCGCUGGCCGAUAUGACGCCGCAGCUGCUGCUGGAGGUAUCGCAGGGCCUGUCGCGCAACCUCAAGUUCCUGACGGACGCGUGCGCCCUGGCCAGCGACAAGUCUCGGGACCGCUUUUCGCGCGAGCAAUUCAAGCUGGGCGUCAAGUGCAUGAGCACGAGUGCGUCGGCGUUGCUGGCCUGCGUGCGAGAGGUUAAGGUGGCGCCCAGCGAGCUGGCCCGCAGCCGCUGCGCACUCUUCAGCGGGCCCUUGGUGCAGGCCGUGGGCGCCCUGGUGGGCUUCGCCACCGAGCCGCAGUUCCUGGGUCGCGCGGCGGCCGUGAGCGCCGAAGGCAAGGCGGUGCAGACCGCCAUCCUGGGCGGCGCCAUGAGCGUGGUGUCUGCCUGCGUGCUUCUGACCCAGUGCCUCAGGGAUCUGGCGCAGCACCCCGACGGGGGCGCCAAGAUGUCGGACCACAGGGAGAGGCUGAGGAACUCGGCCUGCGCCGUGUCUGAAGGCUGCACCCUGCUAUCUCAGGCUUUAAGGGAGAGGUCUUCGCCCAGGACUUUACCGCCAGUGAAUUCCAAUUCUGUGAAUUAGCAUCCCCGGCCCCAUACCCAUUCUUCCACCCCCAGACUAAAGGAAGAUACUUAUCCUCUGCCCCUCUCCAUUUAUACCAAAGAAAUCAUAGGUGAAGUGCCCCCCACUCCCAACCCCCCCAUGCUGAAUGCUCGAGAGGAAUCUUCCAGAAGACAGGGCCGUGCAUACGAUUUACACACGCACUUGGAGGGCCCUGGGGCCCACCAGCCCAUCCUCAGUAGGGACCGGGAGAUGGAAGAUGUGUCAUCUGCUGGUUGCGGUGUAAUUCCCACACCCCACCCCAGCUCCUCUUCUGGAAUUCCUCAACUAAAUUUUAUUCUUAAUUGGGCAGGAAGGAAGUCAUGGGUUCAUUUCUUUUUUGGUCUUUUUUUUCCCUCUAAUUAAAAGAAAAGUUACCUCAGUUUUCACUCCUUAGACAUGGAUGUAGCUACUUUUUUGUAUAGUAUUUUUUUAAGCAAUCGUGUUGGGUUAGGUGUGUUCUUGGUGUGGAAAGAGUAUUACUUUGCCAUGUGAUUUGCAAAUGGGGGGAGGAGCUACUGUGAGUGUGUGUUUUAUUUUUUAAUUUACACUAUAGAGUGAUUUUCUUCCCCCAAUGUCAAGUUUUUACCUUGCAUGUACUGGAGUAUUUAUUUCAUCUAUUAAAAUGUUAUGUUUCUCAGA